UCGGAAGCUUAUUUUAGUGGUACUACGGUAAUCCUGUGAAACUGGAGCAUAGACAGGGCCAAAGAUUAUAGAGGAUCUUUGGACAGGGCUGGCUGCAGGGAAAGUUGCGAUAGAUAGCGUCGGUAAACCGGAGACUGAGCCACCGUAGAAUGCGUAGCAUUCAAAGGGCGAUUGAAGGAAGCAAGAGAUUAAGCGUUGCAUUGAAGACGAAGAGUGGCGGCUGUCGUGAGUGAAGUGCCGGCCGGUCAUAGAGUCUGGCCGCUUUGGGGUGGCGUUGUUUCGGCAUUUACCCCCACCAAGUCUUCGGAGCGAGAAAUAUAACGUGAGCGAAACGUGUGUGUUGAAGCUGUGUGUUCGAAACCAUGGUUAAUCUUGAAGGUUACUGUGAAGGCAACUCAUCCUUGUCAGAAGUAUGGAUUCAACAUGGACUAUUCCCGUGUUUUUAUUUCACACUUGUUUCAACGGUACUUUUGAGCAUUGUCUUCUUUCUUGGUGCACUGCAGUGUGCUUGUUACAAUAUAUAUGGCACCAGCAUGGAGCCAAAGCACGUACCUCGCUCUCGUCUGUUUCACCUUCAGUUGUUGCUAACAAUAAUUCUACUGCUGCAGUUUGCAACCUACAUCCUCUGGCAGGUCUUCAGCUUGGACAUCAUCUACGGAUACAUGAUUGUAUAUUCUUGUCUAUCUCUCAUCGGAUGGGCAUGUACCAUCUUCCUACUACACUUGGAGCGCAGAAGGGUGAUGGUGCGAGACAGAACGCGUGGCCAUGGUACUAUUCUACUACUUUUCUGGGCUCUGGGAUUUGCAGCGGAGAAUCUGGCAUUUGUGUCGUGGGAAAGUCCUCUAUGGUGGUGGCCCCUGGACAAUACUGACCAGAAGGUACACUUUGGUCUGUGGAUGGUACGAUAUUUCUGUACGUUUCUGUUGUUUGCCCUGGGAUUGAAAGCACCAGGUUUGCCUCGAAGACCCUACAUGGUGAUCAUUAAUGAGGAUGAACGAGAUGUUGAAUGCAAUGAGCCUCUCUUAAAUCAGAACGCUAACCAAUCUACAUGGAAGGAUUUCUAUAAGAAGGUGCAAUUGCUUGUGCCGUACAUGUGGCCCAAAGGAAACAUCUUGCUGCAGAUCAUCGUUCUGUUAUGUCUUUUGUUGCUUGCAGUCGAAAGAGUCAUCAAUGUUUACGUGCCGAUUUACUACAAAAACAUAGUGAAUGAACUGAGUGAUGAAGCCCCAUGGAAGACCCUAGCCACGACCGUCUGCUUGUAUGUCCUCCUCAAAUUCCUGCAGGGAGGUGGUACAGGGUCAUCUGGAUUUGUAAACAACAUACGUUCCUUUAUGUGGAUUAAAGUCCAACAAUACACCAGCCGACAUGUUCAGAUCGGACUUUUUGCUCACCUUCAUUCCCUUUCCCUUCGCUGGCACCUUGGCAGAAAGACUGGGGAAGUCCUUCGCAGUGUGGACCGUGGCACCAACAGUAUUAACAGCUUGCUGAGCUACAUUAUUUUCAUCAUCUUCCCGAUGAUUGCUGAUAUUGUCAUCGCCAUCAUUUACUUCAGUACAAAUUUCAAUGCCUGGUUUGGACUCAUUGUCUUUAUAUGCAUGGUGUUCUACUUGACCACAACCAUUCUGAUAACAGAAUGGAGAACAAAGUACAGGAGAGAAAUGAACACCAGGGACAACGCGGCAAAGUCGAAGGCCGUUGACUCUUUGCUCAACUUUGAAACGGUGAAGUACUACAAUGCUGAGAGUUACGAGGUGGACCAAUUCAAUGAUGCCAUACUGAAGUAUCAGACGGCAGAGUGGAAAUCUUCUGCAAGUCUCCCAGUUUUAAACCAAAGUCAGAACGUGAUCAUUAGCCUUGGGCUGCUGGCUGGAUCCCUGCUCUGCGCCUACUUUGUAACCGAGGGAAAGUUUAAGGUCGGUGACUUUGUCCUGUUUGGAACUUACAUCAUUCAGCUGUACACACCACUUUAUUGGUUUGGGACCUAUUACAGGAUGAUCCAGACUUCAUUCAUAGACAUGGAGAAUAUGUUUGAUCUAUUCAAAGAGAAUCAGGAGAUUGCUGAUGAUGUCAAUGCAGGAAACCUCGACUUCAACGUGGGGAAGGUGGAAUUCGACGAAGUUUACUUCAGCUACCUGGAUGGUCACGAAAUCUUGAAAGGCAUAUCAUUCACCGUUCAACCGGGACGCACGCUGGCCCUGGUUGGACCCUCGGGUUCCGGGAAAAGCACAAUCAUCCGUCUCCUCUUCCGAUUUUAUGACAUCAAAGGAGGUUGCAUUAAAAUUGAUGGCCAAGACAUCUCAAAGGUGAAGCAGCGGUCUCUGCGUUCACACAUCGGGGUCGUGCCCCAAGACACCGUCCUCUUCAACGACAGCAUUAGAAACAACAUCCGCUACGGCAGAGUGACUGCCACUGACGAAGAUGUGGAAGAAGCCUCUCGGGCCGCCGACAUUCACGAACGGAUCAUCACAUUCCCCGAUGGUUACGAAACGCAAGUGGGUGAGAGAGGCCUGAAGCUGAGUGGAGGAGAGAAACAGCGAGUGGCCAUUGCCAGAACCAUCCUGAAGGCACCUCAGAUCAUUCUUCUGGAUGAGGCCACAUCUGCUCUGGACACACACACCGAAAGGAACAUUCAGGCCUCGCUUGCCAAAGUGUGUGCCAACAGGACUACGAUCAUCGUGGCUCACAGAUUGUCAACGGUGAUCAAUGCAGAUCAGAUCCUUGUGCUUCGGGACGGGCAGAUAGCGGAGAGAGGAAGCCACGAGGUGCUGCUGGCCAAAGAGGGAGCUUACGCUGAGAUGUGGAUGAAGCAACAGCAGUCGGAGACAGGGGACUCGUCGUCUGACACUGAGACCAAAGACAGGAGCACGGAGAAGUUGCAGCCACCCAGCAACAAGAAGGACUGAGAGCCAGCCGUCCCAACAGCAAGGUCCCUCACCAUGCAUGCAUGCCGUGAAUGUACUGGGCUGGCUCACACGAUCGACCCAAACACUCAUCAUGUGGUCCCAGAAGAAAAGAUCCCACUCAUUACAUGAUUUUCUUUAUAGGUUUUGGGAAUUAGUUUAAAGCUCUAACGUUUCAUUUGUAUUCUCAGACAUUCAUCCCAUGUGUUUCCCGAUUGGACUUAGGAUGUGUGUUUGUUCGUUAUGACAAGAGGCUUCUUGGAUAUUUUUUAUAAAGUAUGACAAGUGGUAAGAAGACGCAAAGGACACGCCAAGGACCCUGUUAAAACCGUGUAAUUAUAGACAAUAGACAACAGGUGCAGGAGUAGAGGCCAUUCGGCCCUUCGAGCCAGCACCGCCAUUCAAUGUGAUCAUGGCUGAUCAUCCACAAUCAGUACCCCGUUCCUGCCUUCUCCCCAUAUCCCCUGACUCCGCUAUCUUUAAGAGCUCCAUCUAUCUCUUGAAAGUAUCCAUAGAACCGGCCUCCACCCCCCUCUGAGGCAGAUAAUUCCACAGACACACGACUCUCUGUGUGAAAAAGUAUUUCCUCAUCUCCGUUCAAAAUGGCUUACCUCUUAUUAUUACAUUGUGGCCCUGAUUCUGGACUCUCCCAACAUCGGGAACAUGUUUCCUUCCUCUAGCGUGUCCAAACCCUUAUUAAUCUUAUAUGUUUUAAUAAGAAUCCCUGUCAUAGAAACAUAGAAAUUAGGUGCAGGAGUAGGCAAUUCGGCCCUUCGAGCCUGCACCGCCAUUCAAUAUGAUCAUGGCUGAUCAUCCAACUCAGUCAUCCUUCUAAAUUCUAGAGUAUACAAGCCCAGCCGCUCCAUUCUAUCAACAUAUGUCAAUCCCGCCAUCCCGGGAAUUAACCUGGUGAACCUACGCUGCACUCCCUCAAUAGCAAAAAUGUCCUUCCUCAAAUUUGGAGAACAAAACUGCGCACAAUACUCCAGGUGUGGUCUCACUGGGGCCCUGUACAACUGCAGAAGGACCUCUUUGCUCCUAUGCUCAACUCCUCUUGUUAUGAAGGCCAACAUGCCAUUGGCUUUCUUCACUGCCUGCUGUACCUGCAUGCUUACUUUCAGUGACAGAUCCCAUUGUACUUCCCCUUUUCUGUACUUCCCCUAAUUAUGAUUGAAUACAUUACCACGUGGUGUCUGAAAGUAAAGUGCUUAUUGCACUGCGCAGAUAAAAUAUCCAAAUGCAGUCACCCCUUUGUCAGUGUGUGUGUGCUGAGAUAGUUCAUCUCAGCUCGGGGAAGGGAACCUGUUACUCAGCAUUCUUGGGCAUGGGGAAAGGAUUGUGAAGCAGCUUCAUUGAUCUUCUGUGACCUUGUCAGAAGGUGCUUUCAUAGAGACACCAGGCAAGCAAAGGAACAUGUGUGUCUUGUUUAGCUGUGCCAUCAAAUGGCUUGACUGGUAGUAUUUCUCAGGUGUGAGCCUUCAUUCUUCUCUCUUGAUUGCCACCAUUAAGAAACAUAAAAACAUAGAAAAUAGGCGCAGGAGUAGGCCAUUCGGCCCUUCGAGCCAGCACCGCCAUUCAAUAUGAACAUGGCUGAUCAUCCAACUCAGUAUCCCAUCCCUGCCUUCUCUCCAUACCCCCUGAUCCCUUUAGCCACAAGGGCCACAUCUAACUCCCUCUUAAAUAUAGCCAAUGAACUGUGGCCUCAACUACCUUCUGUGGCAGAGAAUUCCACAGAUUCACCACUCUCUGUGUGAAAAAUGUUUUUUCUCAUCUCAUAGAAACAUAGAAAUUAGGUGCAGGAGUAGGCCAUUCGGCCCUUCGAGCCUGCACCGCCAUUCAAUAUGAUCAUGGCUGAUCAUCCAACUCAGUAUCCCGUACCUGCCUUCUCUCCAUACCCCCUGAUCCCCUUAGCCACAAGGGCCACAUCUAACUCCCUCUUAAAUAUAGCCAAUGAAGUGGCCUCAACUACCCUCUGUGGCAGAGAGUUCCAGAGAUUCACCACUCUCUGCGUGAAAAAAGUUCUCAUCUCGGUUUUAAAGGAUUUCCCCUUUAUCCUCAAGCUGUGACCCCUUGUCCUGGACUUCCCUAACAUCGGGAACAAUCUUCCUGCAUCUAGCCUGUCCAACCCCUUAAGAAUUUUGUAAGUUUCUAUAAGAUCCCCCCACAAUCUUCUAAAUUCUAGCGAGUACAAGCCGAGUCUGUCCAGUCUUUCCCUGCCUCGGAGAGGCAGAUUCUGUAAGGCUGCACUUCAUUUCGCCAUCGGCCCAACCUGCGUUGUGGUAGAGUUACUGCCUCGCAGCACCAGAGACCCGGGUUCGAUCCUGACUACGGGUGCUGUCUGUACGGAGUUUGUACCGUUCUCCCCGUGACCUGCGUGGGUUUUCUCCGGGUGCUCCGGUUUCCUCUCACACUCCAUAGAUGUACAGGUUUGUAGGUUAAUUGACUUCUGUAAACUGUCCCUAGUGUGUGUAGGAUAGUGUUAGUGUGUGGGAUGAUCGCUGGUCGGCACUGACUCGGUGGGCCCGAAAGGCCUGUUUACGUGCUGUAUCUCUAAAGCCUAAAAGUAAAUCAACUUUGCUUGGCUCACCCACAUUUCAAUUCUAUGAAAGUCAGUAUGUUAGAAUAUUGGCUGGGGACUAGAAUGGGCAGUUGAUAUAAUACUACGUAGACACAAAAUGCUGGAGUAACUCAGCAGGACAGGCAGCAUCUCUGCAGAGAAGGAAUGGGUGACGUUUCGGGACCCGAAACGUCACCCAUUCCUUCUCUGCAGAGAUGCUGCCUGUCCCGCUGAGUUACUCCAGCAUUUUGUGUCUACCUUCGAUUUAAACCCGCAUCUGCUGUUCUUUCCUACACGUUGUUAUAAUACUGCCCGUUUGCAUCAUCAUAUUGUACAAAUCUAUUUUCAACCCCACAUCUGACAUUGUACCUGUGAUAUUCAAUUAGUCAGAAUCACAUUUGUUCUCUAACUUUUGUUUAAGAAAGAACUGCAGCUGCUGGAAAAAUUGAAGGUAGACAAAAAUGCUGGAGAAACUCAGCGGGUGAGGCAGCAUCUAUGGAGCGAAGGAAUAGGUGACGUUUCGGGUCGAGACCCUUCUUCAGAUUG